ACACAUGGAGGAAGGUUCUUUGAUCGAGUUCUUCGUAUAGGGCUCUGUUAUAUAUAUAGAGCUUUGGUAAGUGGGAAAGCACAUGCCAAGGCUUUCGAAAUUGGAUCCCUGUGACAUGUCUCCCUAAGUAUGCCACCACAAGCCAAAGGAAUUGCGGACUCAUCCAAUUAUUUUUGUGAUUGGAUACUACAUAUAUCAUGUUGGUUUGGGUCGUAAUCAAGUUGAUGCGUGAACGAUUGAAUGAGUUGGACUUUUAUGAUCGAGUGGACCAAAUGGUCAUAUUCAAUAAUGGAAUUGAUUGAAAAUGUAAUGUUUUAGAUUUCUUUCAUAAUAUUUUUAUUUUCUACCGACCAUGCACAUUAUUAGUGUUCGAAUCAGUAGCUUAAUGUACAGAAUCUAAUCUUUUAUCCACAUGGAAUGAUUUCUGAGACCUCAUCUCGGUUUAUUGACCACAUUAUUGGAUCAGAUACCGAUUCUCAUCGGUAAUGGUUCCUCAUAGCGGAUCUACGAGCUUAUUAGUUUUGGGUUUAGAUGGAUCCGAACCAAAUCCGACCCGUUAACUCCACGUACAAAAUCCUCAAUCCGCCAGUCGUUGAUGUCACCAAUCGCAGCAGAGGAAGAGUUUGCGAUCGGCGGCCAUGUCGGGGCGGGGUAAGGGAGGAAAGGGGUUGGGGAAAGGCGGCGCGAAGCGGCACCGCAAGGUCCUUCGCGACAACAUCCAGGGGAUCACCAAGCCGGCCAUCCGCCGCCUGGCGAGGAGGGGUGGCGUCAAGCGUAUCUCCGGCCUCAUCUACGAGGAGACCCGCGGCGUGCUCAAGAUCUUCCUCGAGAACGUCAUCCGCGACGCAGUCACCUACACCGAGCACGCCCGCCGCAAGACGGUCACCGCCAUGGACGUCGUCUAUGCCCUCAAGCGCCAGGGCCGCACCCUCUACGGCUUCGGCGGCUAGACGGAGCCGUCUUUUCGCGUAAGGGGUUCGGUGAAGUGCUUGCCUUCUUGGAUGAGUUAGGGCUUUAUUUGUAACCUACAUGUUCCUUGUUAGCAUAGAAGUCGUUAGACGCUGCUCCUUUUAGACAUCUCUUGCUGUUCAUACUUUGUCGUCUUGUCUUCUUCGUUCGAUGAAACACUUAUUCGGAUCUCAUGCUGAAGCAUAUUUGUUUGAUUGUGGGCUAUGCUAUGAUUGUGUCUGUUCUUGUAGCUUCGAGAAUAAUGCGAUUAUAGGUACAAAGUAACGCUAUCAACAUGAAGAUUAUUAUACACAGUCUCGUGGUUUA